AUUGCUGGCAACACUGUGUCAUUUUGUUGUGAACAAUUUUUGUUAAUUUUAUAAUUUGAUUUGCCCAGGCGUGAGGAGAGUGCGUCUUAGCGUCGAUCGGAAGUAAAAACAGAGUCGGAUGCGGAUGCCGUUGCUGAAGUGCAGCAUGCGCCAGUCCAAAUAACGCGAAGAACGCAGCAGCAGCAGGGACAGAAACGUUGCAGCCUAGACCGAGCGUACUUGGAGUUACAUAGAAAUGACCAUGGGCGAGCCAACCUCGUCUCUCGUUCUGCCCGUUAUACUGCGGCCUAUUUUCUCACAGCUCGAGCGACGCGACGUUGGCGCUGCCCAGUCACUGCGCUCGGCCAUUCUCAAGUCGGAGCAAAAUAACCCGGGCUUCUGCUACGAUCUAGUGGCCACUAUCGUCCGAAAGGCGGAACUACACGUAAACCUAAACGAGGCCGUUCUCCGAUUACAGGGCAACAUUACAGAAGCCGACCUCAAUGAAUACCGUUUGACGCGCACCGAGGAGCCGUUCCAGGAGCUAAACCGCAAGUCUGUGGCUCUCAAGGUGAUCCUCAGCCGAAUUCCCGACGAAAUAAACGACAGGAAGACCUUCCUGGAGACUAUUAAAGAAAUCGCCAGCGCCAUAAAGAAACUGCUCGAUGUGGUCAACGAGAUCGGAUCGUUUAUACCGGGCGUCACGGGCAAGCAGGCUGUGGAGCAGCGCAAAAAGGAGUUUGUCAAAUAUUCCAAGAAGUUCAGCACAACGCUGAAGGAGUACUUCAAAGAAGGACAACCGAAUGCAGUAUUCAUAAGUGCACUUUUUCUAAUACGGCAAACGAAUCAAAUAAUGCUGACAGUUAAGAGUAAAUGCGAGUAGAGAAUUAAAUCCUUUAAUUAUGGAAAAUUUUAGUGGCAUUUUAAUUUUAUUUUUAAAUAACCAUUUAACCACAACACACAAUUCAAAUAAACAAAGACCCAAGAACACACUUAAAUACCCAAAUCGCCUGACACAACAAGCCAAGUUAAAAUGUUUGAAAGUAAAUGCAAAUCUGUUGUAAUUAAAAAUAAA